AUUGUUAAGAUUCUAUUGGAGGCUGGGGCUGAGGCUGGAGACGUGACUGCCGAGAACGAUUCGGCACUGAGUUUCGCAUGUCAAGACGGACACGAAGAUAUAGUCGCGUAUGUUUGA